AUGGCGCUUGCCAUGAAUGACGCGAAGACAUACGUGCUGUACUUCACGGAGGGGGGUCAGCAGAUGCUGUUGCCGGUUUGUCCUGGCACGUCGGCAGGCAUGCCACCAAGCGCGGCCUCUCAAGGCACACCUUUUGUAUGGCUGCCGUUUCAGGAUGCCACGGAACUACAGCACCAAAGACCCGCCUUUGUCGCAACAAAAAGUGGUGCUGGUGCACCUCUCAUGGCUGUUCCAACAAACUACAUUCUUCCAUGGGCCCAAGCAAAGCAACCGAUUGGAGCCUCAUAUCUUACCCCCGGGCCGAAUGGAAGUGCUGUUCCGGUUGUUCCAAUUUCCCCCAAUACGAAUUUACAAAACGCCCACGAAAACUACCAACAUUCAUCCGCAGAAAAAGGGGUGAAAUCCUUAUUCCCUGAUGCAAAGAAUCCCCGGGGGGCAAGAACUGGGGAUGAGGAAAAGAGUGCAAACCGUUUUGAAGAAAUACUAAGCGUUCGGAACUUCACCUCUCCCGUUGGAUCCGUGCUCGUGCGUGGCCGAAAAAUGAGUAUGAAUGUACCUCCUCUUGCUAAACGUCGUCCACCGCUUUGCCGAAAUCCUCCAGGUGCAUCUUCAUCAGCAGUUAAUUCCAACACGCCUAUAAACCCAUAG